CUCCACACCUGCGCUAGAGCUUACGAAUGAAGCCCCUUCUCCAUUUGUGGACUUGCGACGUUCGCAACAGCAUCAUUUUUGAGCAUCUAUGCAACGCGACUCACGAACGAGGACGCCUACGACGAUGCUUCGACGCGGCCCGUGACUGCAUAGUCUCGAAAUUUGCUCUGCUCUUACCAGCCCAGGGCCCCAGGCACCGGUGGUCGUAGGACCGCCCCUUCGGCUGAAGUUGGCGCGCAUGAUAUGAUAUUUGUACACGCAGCUGGAGUCAAGCGAAGAUGGCGCUAAGAUCUUCGCACAAGCUCUGCUGCGCAACGGAAAACAAAGCAUCUCAUACCCGGUGCCGGUAAGCAACGGUGUGCGAGUCGUGCACCUUAAUUGAAACCCACCGCCCAAGUCCGCGGCGGAAAUGUCCACCAAAAUUGGGGCAAGGUGCUGCGCGCCGCGGUGCCCGCGCGCGAGGGCGCAUGCACAGGCGAUCGGCGGACCGUUGUGAAUGCAAAUAUGCAUGCAUGCAUACACCAUCGGCUCCGACGCGCGAGACAUGUUAUCUGCAUCUUUUUCACGAGCCUUUUGUUGCAAACGGGGAUCCGAUCUCAGCGAUGUGAAAUUGACGGGCUAGCUCACUCGAUUCACAGCCCUCCUAUCCUCUCUGUCUGCUAUGUCACUCCUCCUCGUCCCACGGCCCGCGCACUUCGACCUCUAUAUCAUCACCAACCUCACAGUGCUUGCAUCCGACGCCCUGCGCUUACCAUCGGUGCGCUUGAUUUCAUAUCUGCCAAAGAGGGUACCUCGUCGAGACGUCCACGCGAUGUUUCUUGGCUCACAGGAGCAACGCAACGCUCCUCGCUACGCUGACUGACAUCGUGUAUUGUCUCUAAGCUUCAGCUCCACGACUUCCUCGCCCACGCACAAACUCGAGGAUCCGAGGUCAACUCGACACGCGACCUCACACCACCAACCUCUCGCGCCU